UUUGGACAGAGCUGUAGGUUUGUUUACAUCACAUGCAGCAUUGAAUUUCCCACAGACAAGAAACAUGGCAGCAGUAAUGGAGAGCAAUAUUGGAGGGAAAUGUAAGAAGCACACAGAGGCAAUCCAGGGCUUGUGUGACACUUGUGAUGAGGUGGUGUGUGUCAAGUGUAUGAUGGGACACCACAAUGGACACACGUUUACAGACCUCGAGGCCAAGGUAGAGGAGAAGAGGGGCUCCCUGCAGGGGCACAUGUUGGAGAUGAAGAAGAGGAUCCCCGUGUUACAACAGAGGGUGGCUGAACUCUCCAUACAGGAUGACAAAAACCAGAGAGAUACCGAGGCCGUCAUAGCCAGCAUCACUCAAAAAGGUGAAAGCAUCCGUAGCAAACUAGACAACAUAAUAUCCAGCCUCAUAGCUAAUGCAGAAAAUCAACGAAAAGACACAGCCCGACAACUCAGUGGUACACAAGAAGUCACAGAAGAUCUCGUAGCAAAGGGGAACUCAUUUCUUGAAAGCGUUGAGGACAGGCUCAAGCACAGCUCUCACUUUGAGAUCAUUCAGUUAGAAAAAGAAUGCGCCAAGCUUUUAAUGAAGAUGUCCGAGGAUCAUCUGAUUUUUCAUGUGGCUACUCCGCGUUUCGUUGGCGGGGAGGAGAGUGUUGAGAAAUUGCAGUCAAUGGUGGGGGACUUUUAUUCGGACCUGGCGUCUUCACUAAAACUCAUGAGCUACGUCAGGAUUGACUCCACCCUGACACCUUGUGAAUCUGACAUUUUCAUCUCCAAAAUCUGCCAAGUCAGCAACACAGAGGCUUGGGUUAAAGGUUUUAGAGAGGAUGAACUUAAAAUGUACAACAAGCAAGGGAAACUGCUCAAGACAAUGCCCUUGAAACCGACAUGCCAUGAUUUUGCCACAACCAAAAGUGGCAUGUUAAUGACAGUUGACCCCAAAAUGCGCUGUGUUCAAAACUUUAACUCGGAGGGUGAAUCUACAACACUGAUAGACUUUCCUGAGGGUUUGUUGCCCAUCAGUAUAUAUGUGAACAGAACAAGUGGUAACUUUCUUGUUGGAUUAGUAGACAGUUUGAAAUACUCUACGACCACAGCUCAAAACACGCGACUCCUGAAAAGAUUCUCCUUCGAUGGCCAGGAACUACAGACAAUUCAGUACCAGACCAAGAAGUCUUUCUUUGGUCGGCAGACGUCGUCCAACAUUUUCAGCUACCCCUAUCGCAUUGCUGAAAAUGAACAGACAGGGGACAUUGCAGUCAUUAACUGGACGGGGGAUUUCACUGGAGAGCUUGUAGUCCUCAGCAAGGAUGGAGAGGUGAUCUUCAGGCAUUCACAGACGGAAGAUGAGGACACAUUUAGUCCCUGGGAUGUGGCCUUUGAUGUCCUAGGGAACAUCGUCGUAAGCGACAGAUACAGCAGGAACAUUCAAAUGUUUAAGAUAUCGGGAAAGGCCAAAUGCAUCCUUCACAAGUGUAGCUAUACACCCCAUGCUAUUGAAGCCUUCCCUGAUGGCAAGCUGUGGAUUGGACAUUCCAAUGGGAAAAUCAGCAUUAUCCAGUAUAUGGAAUAACUAAUUCAGCUUUAUCCAGUAUUAUGCAGUAUAAUAGGGUAUAGCUAAAUCAGCAACAUCAAGUCUUAUGCAGUAUAUGGAAUAGCAAAUUCAGUAUUAUUCAGUUCAUGGAAUGGCAAAAUAAGGAUUAUCCAUUGAACAUGGGAUGUCAAGACCAUGCACAUUGUUGCUAGGGAUUUUAAAGAUUCUGGUUGUGAAGGGUAUUAGGAAUUUUGAUUAUUUUCCACUCUGUCUGUCUGCAGGAAGCGAGGCAGAGGUACAAUAUGGAAACUUUUUGUGAAGAUUUAAUACUGUUUAGUUUUUGUUAAACCAAGGCUAUAAUAUUAUAAUGUGUAUGGAUUUGUCUGUUAUUUCUUGAUGUUAAAGAUAAGUUUUUUUUUCUGAUAAUUUGAUCUGAACAUGCUGAAACAAGGUGUUACAAAGAGUUGGGAACUCUGAUUAAAUACAAUAAAAAAAAAUAAUUGGCUUCCUCUUUUUCUU